GGAUUGUCAGACCAGCUUAGGCAGGACAAAUUUUACUCUCCAAUUUUUAUUCCAAGCAAAAAUACUCCCACAUCUAAAUUUGACAUUAGCCAUGAAGCUGAUCUGCUGUCUGCUAUGCCACCAUAGUUUGAAUGCUCUGUGCACUUUAAUCCUCUUUUGACAAGUAACAGCAUGGCAAGUAGAAUUAAGUAGCUAGGCCUGCACCUACAAUGUUGUUGUUGGCUUUAUUUAGCAACAAAAAGAUAUUGCAGGAUGCAUACGGUAUGCUUAACAUUUAGCCAAACAGAGGUAUCAGUUUAAAUUUAUUUUUCUACUCUUUAUCUACAGAAAUUCAAUGAUAAAAUUAUGUUGAUUUCCAAAACUUUAAUGAUCUUCAAGCAUUCCUGCUGGACAAACAAAUUAUUCCUAACAAUAUUACCAUCUAAUUAUGGCAGCACCAACAGCAGUGCCUUCUGUGCCAGAUACUCCUCUAAUUUUUCAACUAAGGCUGAGAGAUGGACAAGACCUGAGAAGUCCAUGCUUUGUUAUGCCACCUCCCUGGCAGCGGAUGGAGUGCGGACCACUGAGCUCACUGAAGUGGCAGUGCCUGUUAUUGCUAGACCUUCAGAUGUGUUGGUGGAGGUGCAGGCGGCGUCUAUCAAUGCUCUCGAUGUCCUCAUGAUGCGUGGAUAUGGUCACAAGUUGCUAUCCUUCAUGAAAAACAUGAGCAGCUUCAGUCCUAACUGCUAUGCCAAAGCAGACACAAGUCAAGAGCUCCCAUUGAUUGUGGGCCGUGACUUCUGUGGCGUGGUGGCCGGCCUGGGCGGUGGAGUGCAGGGGUUGCAGCUCGGCCAGCGGGUCAUGGGUGUUGUGGAGCCCAUGCAUCCAGGCUGCCAUGCUCAAUAUGUGCUUGUGGACCAAAAUAAUGUGGUGCCAGCACCCAGCCACCUGAGUGCCCCGGAGGUGGCUGCGGUGCCCUACUGCGCCCUGACCGCCUACAGCGCCGCCGGCCGCCACUGCUCCACCAGCGGCCCCAGGGGGCGGGUGCUCGUCGCUGGAGCCUCAGGAGGAGUUGGGCUGCUGCUUGUACAAAUGUUACGCGCCUGGGGCGCCCAUGUGGCAGGAGUUUGCAGCGCUGACGCCUUCGACUUGUUGACCUCGCUUGGCAUCACCGAACUGUACGACUACAGUGACCCUCACGCUCUGAGGGAACUGUUUGCUGACAAGAGCUUCGACCUGGUGGUGGACGGGUCAGGCUGCGCUGACCUGCCCUACGUCGACGCCCUGAAGCGCCACGCGGGCGCCGUGUACGUGACGCUCACGCUGCCCCUCCUGCCCGACGUCGACCGCCACGGCGUCGUCCUCGGUGCCGCAAAGAGUGGAUUUAAUUUGCUGGCUAAGAAUCGAGAGAGCGCCAGGGAAGGACGGAUUGUAAAGUGGGGCCUCUUCCGCAGCAGUCGCUCCGCCCUCCAGCACGUUGCCGACAUGUUGCAAAACAAGCAACUGACGCCAGUUCUGGACAAGGUCUUCCCAUGGGGGGAGGCUAAGGAGGCCUACAAACACAUGGAGGGAGGCAGACAUCGCGGCAAAACUGUCAUCCACUUGACCAACGACUAGAAGACGUGCUAGACGACUAGAAGACUUGUUAGACGGCUAGAAGACUUGUUAGACGACUAGAAGACUUGCUAGACGACUAGAAGACUUGCUAGACGACUAGAAGACUUGCUAGACGACUAGAAGACUUGCUAGACGACUAGAAGACUUGCUAGACGACUAGAAGACUUGCUAGACGACUAGAAGACUUGCUAGACGACUAGAAGACUUGCUAGACGACUAGAAGACUUGCUAGACGACUAGAAGACUUGCUAGACGACUAGAAGACUUGCUAGACGACUAGAAGACUUGCUAGACGACUAGAAGACUUGCUAGACGACUAGAAGACUUGCUAGACGACUAGAAGACUUGCUAGACGACUAGAAGACUUGCUAGACGACUAGAAGACUUGCUAGACGACUAGAAGACUUGCUAGACGACUAGAAGACUUGCUAGACGACUAGAAGACUUGCUAGACGACUAGAAGACUUGCUAGACGACUAGAAGACUUGCUAGACGACUAGAAGACUUGCUAGACGACUAGAAGACUUGCUAGACGACUAGAAGACUUGCUAGACGACUAGAAGACUUGCUAGACGACUAGAAGACUUGCUAGACGACUAGAAGACUUGCUAGACGACUAGAAGACUUGCUAGACGACUAGAAGACUUGCUAGACGACUAGAAGACUUGCUAGACGACUAGAAGACUUGCUAGACGACUAGAAGACUUGCUAGACGACUAGAAGACUUGCUAGACGACUAGAAGACUUGCUAGACGACUAGAAGACUUGCUAGACGACUAGAAGACUUGCUAGACGACUAGAAGACUUGCUAGACGACUAGAAGACUUGCUAGACGACUAGAAGACUUGCUAGACGACUAGAAGACUUGCUAGACGACUAGAAGACUUGCUAGACGACUAAAAGGCUUGCUAGACGACUAAAAGACCUGUUGAGCGACUUGAAAAAUCUAGUCGAACGGUUUUUGCUGGCUAGCUUGAUUACUGAAUACUGAUUAACUUAAUUGCAUGGUUUAUGAGUGACGAAGUUCAUUAGUUUUUAGGUUACAGGUAUUUGGAAGCAACUGAUGUUCAUUGGAGCUAGGAAGCCUGGUGGAUGUGACUGUUGAUAGCUGUAGUCAGGUGGAUGUGACUGUAGAUUAGUUGAUAGCUGUUGUCUGGUGGAUGUGACUGUUGAUUAGUUGAUAGCUGUUGUCAGGUGGAUGUGAUUGAUUAGUUUAUAACUGUACGUAGUUUGUGUCGCUUACGGUGGGUGACAUUUUUUUAUUCCCAUGAGAGGAGACGUUGACCCAAGUGCAUCCCAGAGCCAAUCUAACCUCAAAUAUAUUCGUAUCAGUUCCA